CCGCUGGGACAUGGCCGACGCUGCCCGGCAACUGUUGGUCGCACUGCGCGAGGAAGAUCCGCGGGCUGUGGAGGAGCUGCUGCACCUCGGGGCGGACCCCAGCCUGGUGCUGGAGGAUGGCGUGGCGGCGGUGCACCUGGCGGCCCGAGCUCGCCAUCCGCGCGCCCUGCAUUGCCUCCGGAUCCUGCUGCGCUGGGGCGCCAACCCCAAUGCUCGGUCCACUGAGGCGCUGACACCAGUGCACGUGGCCGCCGUGUGGGGCUGUCGUGGCGCCCUGGAGCUGCUGCUGAGCCGAGGGGGCGACCCGACGCUGCGAGACCAGGACGGGCUCCAGCCAUUGGACUGGGCUCUGCAGCAGGGACACCGUGACUGCGCACGCCUGCUACGGGAGCUGGACACGCCCACCCGGACUCGGAAGGAGACCCUGGAGUCAGCUGAGAAGUUACCUGUAGCCCUGGCUGGCCUUGAAUCCACCAUGGGUCGAGGACGUGUCUUUGUGAGGUCUCCUGGCAUCUUUAUACCUCCGUGUUUGUCACCGGACUCAGAGCAGCUCAUGCGCAAAGCUGAGCUGGCAGCUGCUCGUGAGGUGGCGGUGGAGCCUGGGAGUCCCGAGGCCACUGGGAGUGAGGACUGCAGCAGUGACGCCUCCUUUGUCACUGCAUCGGAGGACUUUCUGCAGUCCCAGCGCCCUGCAGGGACACUGGGGUCCACAGCCAGCCUGUGGCCAUCUGGUGGGGCUGAGGCAGCUGGGGAUGGGGUACUGAGCUGCCAGCUGCAGGCCCUGACGUUGACCACAGGGGCCACCAAUGUCCCAUCCCUGCCCAGUGACGGGGACUCGGAGGCCUUGCAUCCACACGGCUUGGUGCCCCCCAUGUCCGACCUGCAGCUGCUUCAGGCCUUGCGGGCGCUGGGCCACAGUCCUGGCCCGGUCACCCCUUUCACCCGUGGACACUACUUGCGGCGGCUGCAGGAAGCCCAGGCUAGCUCGGGUGAGUCCCUUGGGCACAGCCCAGAACUGGCAGAAGUGCUGAGAACAGGCCGCAUUCCCGACUGCCAGGCGGACGAGGCCGCCCUGGCUCAGUACUUUGAACGGCCCGAUCCCACGAAGAGGUGGCGGGGAGGCCUUACCAAGUCCAGCUUUACAUAUCUUCUUCUUGACCCCAGGCAGACGCAGGGACUGCCUGCCCGAGCCUCCUCCCUCACACUGGUUGAGUGUCUGCAAUGUUUUGUGGGAGCCAUCUUCUACGUGGGCAAGGGGACCCGUGCCCGGCCGGAUGCCCACCUCUGGGAAGCCCUCGGCUACCGUGAAUGCCCAGGGGAAAAGGCCUGUCCCAAGGUACGCCGGAUCUUAGACAUCUGGGCCAGCGGCCGUGGUGUCCUUUCCCUACACUGCUUCCAGCACACGGCUGCCAUGGAGGCGUACACGCGGGAGGCCUGCCUGUUGGAGGCCCUAGGUAUCCAGACACUGACUAACCAGAAACAGGGCCACUACUAUGGAGAGGCUGCCCACUGGCCACCCACGAAGCGGCAGCGCUUGGGGGUGUAUCUGCUGCACCGUGCUCUGCUAGUUUUCCUGGCUGAGGGGGAAAGAGAGCUGAGGCCACAGGACAUCCAGGCCCGAGGCUGAGUGCUGAGGACAUGAUCGUGGAGCAUGAGCCAUGGGGUCCCCAGCUGUGUCCUCAGCUCUGGCUUCAGAGGCUUGGUGUGUGUGUGUGUG